AAUUCAAUGCAGCAUUUAAAAUUAAUGUCCUGUACACAAUACGUCAAUUACAAUUGCGGUUUCUUUGAAAGGGCCCUCUUGCUGCUUAUCUAUUGCAUUUCACAUGAACCCACAGUAGAUGGCAGUGCACGUGCUUCCUACUUCGGGCUGAUCUGUUGCAAGAGGAAGAGAAAGCGUUUAAGUGCAUGAAUGCACGAGCGAGCAAGAGGGAAAGAGACAGAAGUGACCAUGCUUGAGAGAGUAAUUUAGAGAGCAAAAGAGAGGGUGUCAGAUAGUGUGUGAGAGAAAGCCUCCAAGGGAAAAAAAAAAAAGAAAACGGAAAAAAAGGCAGCUUGUAAGGCACCUAUGUUUGGGUCCUGUGGCUGUUUCAUCUGACACUUCCUGGACUGCUACAAUCCCACAGACAGGGUGACUGCGAGCCGUGUGACUGCAGGCAGCCGGGAGAGAAGGGGAACAUACGGCAGCACUUGGAAGCAUGAGCGACAGAGAACGGAUCAGGCGGACCCCACCGAGGGGGACAGCGAGGGACUGAGAGCUAAACCCCCCACCCCCCAGCCAGCUCUGACUCCAGCUCCAGCCUGCAGUCAGGGGAGGGGAGAAGUUUGGUUUGAAUGCUGCAGCGGCAGAGCUGAACUUCCUGGUGAAAUGUGGUGAUAUGAGUAGGGAGACCUGAGAGAGUGAGAGAGAAAGAGAGAGAGAGAGAGAGAGAGAGAGAGAGAGAGAGAGAGACAGCGGUUGAGAGAGAGUGGAAUGCAGGAGAUAUCUCAGCGGAUUACCUUUCCUCGUGGUGGAAUGGGAAGCCUUCUCUGUGUUGAAGCUCACAGGAAACUUGAAGAAUAAGCGAUUUGGAUAGUCCCUCUUUCCUUUUUUUGCCCCUCCAGUUUUUACUUUUUUCUUGGAGGAGAAAAGCAGUGGAUUGGGGUUUGUGCUGGUUUGUCCUCUCACCUCCAUGGCUUAGUGCUGCUUAUAACUGUUAGCGGUUUCCUUGUUUUGUUUUGAUUUGUGCUCUCUCGCCACUUUGCGAUGAGGACUUUGUGAAUUGGGACCGCUGUGAAUUGGGCCAGCUCUCCCACGAGAGGAGAGGGUCCCUUCCAGAGAAACUUGAGAGGCUAACCAUGGAGCAACAGCAGAGCCAGGAGGCAGGGGCGGGGGCGGGGGCGGGGUCGGGGGCAGCCGCCGGGGCUGGGCCGGAGGCGCGUCCUGACCCGGAGCCCCGGCGUGAGGGCGAGGACGCGGUCGUCUCCACCUCCGCUUCCUCCUCCAACUCGGAUCUGCCCUCCACCAUCGCCGAAGGGGAGCGGCCGGCCAUUGGCCGCCGGCACAGCGGGAAGACUUUCACCGGACUGCGGCUGUUUGGCAGGAGACUUUGCCUCACUCCCAAAGGAAUCAUCCCGUGCUGGGUUGGCGUUCCCCGACAGAGGGGCGGAUCCAGGAAGAUUAAGCAUAAAGCUCCAGUCUAUAAGAAAGCCAUCGCCAAGUCUGGCCUGCAGCACCUGGUAGCUCAGCCCAGCGCUUCAGCCAUCAUCAAGGGCGACCUGGACCGGGAGAUCCGCAGCACAGUGGACUGGACUGAGAGUGCCCUGUAUGGAGACCACAUCUGGUUCGAGACCAACGUCUCCGGGGACUUCUGCUAUGUAGGAGAGCAGCACUGCAUCGCCAAGACACUGCAAAAAUCAGUAGCACGGAAGAAAUGUGCAGCCUGCAAGAUAGUGGUCCACACCAUCUGCAUCGAGCAGCUGGAAAAGCUCUCCCACAUGGACAUGUUGACCCCAGUUGACAGUCUACCCGAUUCACCCACCAAAGACCCUUCUUUUACAAUAAAUUUUAGGUGUAAACCCUCAUUUAGGGAAUCGGGAUCAAGGAAUGUACGGGAGCCCACCAUCGUGCGGCACCACUGGGUCCACCGGAGACGGCAGGAUGGGAAGUGCAGGCAGUGUGGGAAGGGUUUUCAGCAGAAGUUUACAUUUCAUAGUAAAGAAAUUGUGGCCAUCAGCUGCUCCUGGUGUAAACAGGCUUAUCACAACAAGGUGACAUGCUUCAUGCUGCAGCAGAUUGAAGAGCCUUGCUCCCUUGGGGCGCACGCGGCUGUCAUAGUGCCCCCCACCUGGAUCAUCCGUGUCCGCAGACCUCAGACAUCACUAAAGUCAAGUAAAAAGAAGAAACGGACCUCAUUCAAGCGAAAAUCCAGCAAAAAAGGAGCUGAGGAGACCCGGUGGAAGCCUUUCAUUGUGAAGCCUGUGCCUUCCCAGCUCAUGAAGCCCUUGCUGGUGUUUGUCAAUCCAAAGAGUGGGGGUAAUCAGGGAGCCAAGAUCAUCCAGUCCUUCAUGUGGUACCUGAACCCCCGGCAAGUCUUCGACCUGAGCCAGGGAGGCCCCAAAGAAGGGUUAGAAAUGUACCGCAAAGUGCACAAUUUGCGGAUUCUGGCAUGUGGAGGCGAUGGAACAGUGGGCUGGAUCCUUUCCAUGCUGGACCAGCUGCAGCUGAACCCACAGCCCGCUGUGGCUGUCCUACCUCUGGGAACAGGGAAUGAUCUGGCCAGGACCCUCAACUGGGGUGGGGGAUAUACGGAUGAGCCAGUGUCCAAAAUACUCUCGCACGUUGAGGAUGGGAACAUCGUCCAGUUGGACAGGUGGAACCUUGUUGUGGAGCCUAACCUGGAGGCCAGCCAGGAAGAGCGAGACGAGCAGCAGACAGACAAGCUUCCACUUGAUGUCUUCAACAACUACUUCAGCCUUGGCUUUGACGCCCAUGUAACACUGGAGUUUCACGAGUCCAGAGAGGCCAACCCAGAGAAAUUCAACAGCCGAUUCAGGAACAAGAUGUUCUACGCCGGAACGGCCUUCUCUGACUUUCUCAUGCGUAGUUCCAAAGACCUGGCAAAGCACAUCAAGGUUGUGUGCGAUGGCACGGACCUCACCUCCAAGGUUCAGGACCUGAAGCUGCAGUGUCUCGUGUUCCUCAACAUUCCCAGGUACUGUGCUGGCACCAUGCCCUGGGGUAACCCUGGCGAGCACCACGACUUUGAACCGCAGCGACACGACGACGGCUGCAUCGAGGUCAUCGGGUUCACCAUGACGUCUCUGGCAACGCUGCAGGUCGGAGGUCACGGCGAGAGGCUGAACCAGUGCCAGAAGGUUACCCUGACCACCUACAAGUCCAUCCCCAUGCAGGUGGACGGGGAGCCCUGCAAGCUGGCCCCCUCGGUCAUUCAGAUCUCCCUGAGAAACCAGGCCAACAUGGUGCAGAAGACCAAGCGGAGGACCUCCAUCCCCCUGUUAAACGACCAGCAGCCGGUUCCUGAACGACUCCGGAUCCGCGUGAACCGCAUCAGCAUGCAUGACUACGAGGCCCUGCAUUACGACAAGGAGAAGCUGAAGGAGGCCUCAAUACCAUUGGGCCUUAUCGUCAUCCCGGGAGACAGUGACCUGGAAAUGUGUCGGUCUCACAUUGAGAGGCUCCAAGAGGACUUCAUCUCUUUUCACCCCUCCUUCCAGCGACUGGUACUCCAGGAGGGGGACGGUACAAAAUCGAAGACCCUAUCCUCACAGAAGCUCUCACCAAAGUGGUGUUUCCUUGACUCUACCACAGCGGAUCGUUUUUACAGAAUAGACCGAGCUCAGGAGCAUUUGAACUAUGUGACGGAGAUAUCCCAAGAUGAGCUUUUCAUCCUGGACCCGGAGCUGGUCGUCACGGAGUCAGUCAGCACAUCACCAGGGAUGCCUGAUUUGGUGGAUUCUUCUGGAGAGCUUCCAUCAGCAAUGCGCCAGUUCGCCUUCCCAUCCUCCUCGUCUUCUCCACCCUCUUCACCUGUCCCCAGUCCGACCAGCCCGCACUCGGACAGCGAGGCCCUGGCUCGGCGACACAAGAAGUCUCUCUUCUCCUCUCACUCCGGCUUCCCCUUUCCUGUAAAGAAGAGGAUCCUGGAGCUCCAGCGGGCCACGCAGCGGAAGCGUAUUUCCAGCGACAGCUCCGUUGCCGAGGCGCUGGCGCACAGCGACUCUCUGAAGUCCACAAAGCCGGCGCUCAGCAGGAAAGGGGCUAAAAUUGUGAGUGUUCAUCGGUCUAACACAACCGCAGCUGAUUUCAAACCAGCAGACAGGUCUGAGAAGACUCCUCUGUGUAACACAGAUAAAGUUUCCCUGGAGGUGCUUAUUGAUUGUGUGAAAAACAAAGACCAUGAGAGGCUAAGGGACCUUCACAAACUGGGGGCAGACCUUUCCAUGCAGGACUCCUUGGGUCAAACCCUGCUUCACCACGCUGUAGAUGUGGGCAGCAAAGAGAUUGUGAAGUACAUCAUUGACAAUGCACCCACUGAUAUCUUGGAUGUAACAGAAAAAGAAAAUGGAGAGACAGUCCUGCACAAGGCAGCCUCGCUGUGUCAGAGGACCAUCUGCCAUUACCUGGUGGAGGCAGGAGCUUCGCUUAUGAAGACCGACCUGCAGGGUGACACACCGAAACAUCGGGCAGAGAAGGCCAAGGACCAGGACCUGGCAGCCUAUCUGGAGAACCGACAGCACUACCAGAUGAUCCAGAGAGAGGACCAGGAAACCGCCGUGUGACCUCUCUUCCAUACCCCCCUCCCACGUGCCAUAAAAACCCAUCCGCAGCCAGGAACCAGCACCGCUGGGGUCUACAGUUGGUCUGAGGAGCACAUUUCACAGUUUUCAGCAGGUGGUCUACCGGCCAAUGCGCUUCCAGCACACGGUCCAUAGCGCCCACUGGUAACGCAGUGUCUACAAGAACUCCUGUCCCUUUUUAUUUUUAUCUUUGUUGCACUGCCAAAAACGUACAAAUAAAAAAAAUUAGUGUUUUAAUUGUUUUGUCGGAAUGCAUGAAAGAGCUGCUCCUCUGUUGUGUUGCGUUGUCCUAUUCUAGCGCUGUGGCACAGACAGAAUGUUAGGCUAAUGCUAGAGGAGUUUAUGGAUGUUUCAGGCUUGGGAAAGAGAUUUCUGAAUGUCAAGGUGGUUUUAUUGUUCUACAGAGAAAUUGACCUCUACAAUGGAAAUCUGUCUUCAAACAACACAGAAGUGCAAAUGGUCAUGAACAAAAAAAGCUUGGAUUUUAAAAGGGUAAUUUUUUAGCAGGGAAUGAAGGCUAUUGUCUUUAAAUGCACCCAACAUGCUAUUAGUAUGACUGAAUGUUGCUUUAAGAGAUGGAAAAGAAGCUUAGGCAUUUUUUUAUGAGACUGUUAUAGUUUUCAUUUGUAGUGGUUUGAUGACUUGUUCAUUUACUCAGACUACAGUAAAUUGUUUAAAUCUUGACUCUACCUUAGGCAGAGACAUUUUACACUGAAAGCUUUCACUGUACAAUUUCAACAUGGAUGAAACCAAUACUGUUCUAAAGAGAACUAUGACUUGUAUUAUUUGAAAACUAUACUACUCAAGUCAGAGUAGAUGUUUAACUUCUAAUAAGAGUAUUUGGUACUGUAAACUCAUAUUAGUAGCUUUCUUUCAAAGCAGAUUUACACUGCUAUUCUUCAUGCCUUGAAUAUUUUUUUAAUUGUAUGGCUGAUUGUUUGAAUUUCUACUUGGUGUACUAAAGUUGUGGCAUAUUUCUUAGUAUAAUCAAAAGUAAAUAGAUAUUUAUAUAAUGCAUAGCUGUGAAAAUGGCAUUUUUGUGUUGUCAUGUUUGUAUUAUAAAAAUGUACAUUUGAUAUAUAUAUUUUUGAGAGGUAGAUAGCUUAUCUUCUUAUUUACUUUUACAUAUAACCAGCCAUUCAAGGCAUCUCUGUGUUUACUUCUACAGUUGACAGGUGAUCCCACUUUUAAAAAUGUAUUUAUUUUUGGGGGUUUAAUUACUCUCCCCCCCCCAUCGAUGAAAUUGGUGGCUUUCACAUAGUUAAAUAGCUAAGUCUGAGCUAUAAAUUUGAAGAGUGAAUAGUCUUUGUUUGCUUUUCUGCAUAUUUCCUAGACCAAUUAUUCAGGCUGUUUCUUUUUUAUUUUGUAGGUACAGAUUCAGAUGCAACCCAAUUGGCAAAUGAAAGCAUUUACAGGAAACCAGGGCUUUGUGAAACAGCCAUAUAUUAUUUGUGUGAAAAAAGCAAUCCCUGUACUCUAAAACUCCCCCAUUUUAGUAUGUUAUAUAAUGCUAUUUUUCCCUUUUAGCCAUAUCUUGCAAUAUCUAAGGAUCUGCUGUAAAUAUUUAGAUUUGUUUUAAGGAAAGUUAAGGAAAGUAGACAUUACUCACUGGAAUAUUUAAAAUGUCUAUUUUACUGGCAAUUGAGCACAAUGCAUGAACAUUUUGGCUAAUGCCUUCUUCAGUGUGCAGGGAGUAAUUUGUAAUAUUCCAAUGAGCACAUUUCAAUUCAUUUAUAUUUUGUGUUGGGUUUAACACCCAGUAUUUCUGCUUUGUUUUGAAUUUAGCAUGUUUCAUUAGCUAUUUAUCAGGAUGGAUUUUUAAGUAGAACUUAAUAUCAUUUAAUUACACUUGUUUGAUUUUUAUGUAUGUAAUGCAUAUACAUUACAUAUUAUGAUGUUCACAAAGUCAUUUUCUAAGACUGUCCAGUUGCAAAUGUCACUUUCUUAAAAAAAGAAAAGGCUCAAUGCUUUCUUGUCCUUUUGGACAAUUCAGCAUAUCGGGCAUGUUAUAAUUGGUCAUUUCUACAUGUCUGAUGCACAGAUUUGACAGUCCAUGCCAGUUAUUGAUUAGAAUUUUUUUCCCAAUAGUGUCAGUUAACGAUAGGUGGAUGAGGUCCAUAAACUGCUGAAUAGCAGAAGCUGCAAUAAGCCGUUAGUCAUGACUCUUAUCAGCAAAAUGGUGGUACAGUAGAUCACAAUGAUUGGUUCAAAUCAAGGAGUCACUGAAUUUAAUAGCCCCAGCCAUGUUUGGUUUCAUGAUUUCCCAUUUUCCCAUCACUAGUGUCACUAACAGCCUUUAAAUAGAAUUUAAUUUGAUCUGAUUUGAUCAAUUGAAUAUUUGGUCAAUUGGAUUUGAUCUGGGAAUGAUUUUGACGAAGUGAAUAAAAUCACAACAAAUAAAAUCACAACAAUUAUUUAAUUAAUGGAAAUAGCUGGCCAUUUAAAAAUGGCUCCAGGGUUUCUUCAGGGGUAAUUAGAACAGGAGUAUCAAGUUCAGGUCCCAAGUGUGCUUGCUAUUUCUUCUAACCUUUGGAAUCUCUUUGAAUGGAAACCAACAUCCAAGAAGAUGCCUUCCAUGCCUCAACAAUAGAAGUGGGUACUGUACAUGGCAUUUAAUUUCUCCUUUAUCCAUGGAAUAGUCAUAUUUAAUUACAUACUGUUCAAUGUUAUAGUGAAAACUCGUGCAUCAAAAUUUCCCCUUUUUAACACAAUCAGGAAUAAAUGUAUUUAUUAUUAAUGUCUUUAGUUGUAUUUAAACCACUGAGGCCUGAAUUAAAUUAAUUGAAAAAUUCAAGUUCAGCCAUUACAAAAAUGGAAAGAUUAAAUGUUUACAUUAAGUAAAAGGAUUUGCUUCUGAGAGUCUAGUUAAAUACAUCUUAUAUUGAAUGUUAGACUAAUAGUAUAUAUGUUAAAAAUUAUAUAAAUUUAGAUAAAGAAAAGUGAAUUGAGGACUAUUUAUUAUAUUUGCUUUACAAACACGCACACGCAUGUAUUAUAUAUUUUUAUAUUUCCAUCUGCCUUCGUUUUUGUAGUAAUAUACUGCUAUACAGUUUUGUCUUAAUAUCUUUAACAGCUUCACAUUCACUUGUCACAUGUUAUUGGAGGGACUAUUUUGAACAGCCUUUGUGUUCUUGCAUAUAUAUUAUCUCUCAAAGCUACCAGAGACUUUUUUUUCCUGUAACCACUGCAGUGAAAUGUGCUGUUCCAUAGUUUAGUUGUGAAUUUUGCUUCCUUUUUAAGGAUAUUUUUUAAAAUAUUGAUAUUUAAGUGACAACAGAUGUACACAAAUUGCUGGCCUUCCAUGAAAUUUCCUGCAUUAAGUAUACAGUAACACACGUUUUGCUUGUGGGAAGCUAAAUUCACUGAAACCCAUGCUUCUUCUCAGCUGAAUUGCAACCAAGCAAUUUUGGACAGCCUUCAAUGGAUUGAAUUGGUAAAGAAAAAUGUUUCUUCCAUCACUGAAAGGAGAAUUUUUGUAGUUUGGCGAAGUUUAGAGACAAAUGGACCACGAGAGAAGGGUUCUUUGUGUGAACCUCAAAUGUAUAAUUCUCUGCAAACUUAUCUGUCAAGUUUAUGCAUAAUGUCGCAAAGCAAGCUAAAAGACAGGUGUUCUGUAAAUUCAUGUGGGUCGAGCUUGCUAAAAUAAAAUGUCCAAGUGUCAAUUCAGAAUAUAACUGCUGUGCACAGUGGAGCGUAAGUCAUUCCAUGUUUCAUCUAGGUAGUAACUUAAUUUUGGGAGUUAAGCUGAAAUGCAAAAUCCCAAACAAAUACAUGAUCAGUAUGUAUUUAUCAUACAUAUAAGCAAGUCACAUUGCUCUACUACUAAAAGCAAUAUUGCAAGAUAACUCUCUUUAAUGUGCAUUAAAGCAGCCUUAAAGCACAUAAGCAAUACUGUCACCUGCAAACCUCAAACCCUGUGACAUUUACAAGCAACACGUCAAAUUUGGACAUAGCAUACAGACUGAUGGGCCAUGUUGAAUUUCACCCUCCCACCUGCAUCACUCCAGGCCAGUUCAGUCUUGAGCAAUGUCUGUAUUUCCAUGAGAAGCAUGUAAUCUUGCUACCAUUUUUGAAAAUUAUAUUUUGUGAUGAAAAAGCUCUGGGGUGUUGAGCUGGCAGUUUAGUUUUGUGACUUGGUUUUGGUGUGUCUUUGAAGGUGGGAAUUAUGUGGAUGCCACUGUAAUAUCCAGAUACAGUAUGGAAUGUUUCAAAGGGAAUCACACAGUAGCCAUGUUUUAAUACAGGCUUGAUGCACAGUGAUUGUCCUGUAAUACAUAGAUAACUACUCUAUAGCCCCUCAUUUUCGUUAAUAACCACUAGGGGCCUCAUUUAAAUACUGGUCUUACGAUCAAAUUAUAUCUUAAAUAGUGUCUUACGCAGAAGACUAAGUAGUAUUUAUAGAAAAUCCCACUUAGACGUGAAUAUGAUCAUAUCUCUACAUAACCUUUACACUAGACAUAAGUCAAUUAACUGCUGGUUAUGUGGAGGUUCUGCAUUUUGUUUGCAGCAUGAAAUUCCCCAGAAUGGACUGUACAUGCUUUAAGAAUUACAUUUAAUUGGUAAUGAUCAUUUUAGGCAUGAAGAGUGAAAGAAAUAUUUAAAUGCAACCUUAUUUAGAGGGGAAAUGCCAUUACUGGUAAGCGCAUUGACAUUGAAAUUGAAGUUCAUUCGAGAUUUAUGUAUAUCGCAACCACAUUAAACCAACGUAAACAACUUUUUUCAGUAUCAGUUAUUUUUACUGAUCAAGCGUAAGCACAGUUUGGGAAAUUACCUUCAGAUUACAUUUACUGUAAGUUUGAAUCCCAAGACCAUUUUUGUGAAUGAGGCCCCUGGUUUUUGAUAGAGUUUUUGGGAAUUCAGAUACACCCUGUCGUUUGUAAAAAAAAAAAAAAAACAUUGUUUUUUUCCUCUUUUGCAGAUGUUAUGCUAGAAUGUCUCACAAUUCUCUUUUUAUUUUUUCUUUUCUUUUUUUUUGGCCUUUGUCCCCAAGGCAAACUAUGUACUGUUUAAUUUAGUAUGCCAACUGGUGAUUGAGUGUGCUGUUCCUGUAGGAAAGGAAGUUAAAUCAUUCUCAAAGUUGUCAUUCACAGACCAACCAUUGUCACAUGAAAUACAUUUAAUACUUUUGAAAUGGCAUAAUUCAUAUGUUUGCUAUUUACACAUUUGUAGUAAAUUGGAAUGCUUGGUAGAUAUUUUAACAGGUUAAAUAAAUGUUACAAAGCCUUUUUUCAGAUAUAAGCUUUUCAACAACUGAAUGCAAUCAAGCUAUGCUCAUUUCUUCAUCUUUUCUUACACUUUCAAACAGCUGUAAGCAGAAAUGUCAGUUAAUUUGCAUUUUCCAUGCUUUUUUGAGUUGCUGUGCAAUUCAGGAUGUAUAUACAGUGAGUUCUGUAAUGUUUGGGGACAAAGGACAAGGCAUGUUU